AUGGCAGAAGUAUUUGGGAUUGUUGCGGGAGCUUUUGGCGCUUGUUCGCUGGCGCUUGAGUUACUGGAGGUCACAAAAUCUGCACAGCGUUAUUGGCGACGCAUCCAUGACCUCCCUUCCAUUUCCACGGAAAUCUCGGACAGCCUCGGGAAUAUUGAACGACUUCUCACGGCUAUCAGGAAGUUGGCUAUCCAAGAGCCUAGAGAUCAUGAUGUAAUCGCAUGUUUGGAACGCAGCAGACCCUCAUUAGAAAGAGUCAAAGAUAUUAUACAGAACGUCGAGGCAAGCGGGGCCAACGGGAGGUUGCGAAAAAUCAAAGAUACGUUCAAGCGCACUGCUUUGGAGGACCAACUCUCAGUGGCAAGGGCAUCUCUUAGGGAGACAAUAAAUGAUCUGUCUCUCGCUCUGCUUGUUUCACAACUGUAG